AUGUUAUCAGGAAAAGAUUUGCAUGACUAUCAUACCGUUUGAUAUGUAUUCAGAUAUAUCACGAAAACGCACUGCUUGUACGCUACGAGAAACUGAAUAUGUUAUCGCGUUGAAAGAUUUCAGAUUUUCAAUGUGUAGUGAAACGUCAAGUAUUUAUGGUUCUCGUGAUAAGUUGAGUUUGAAGCAUACGUUUUACGAAAUGAAUUUGUCUAGAAAUAGUCUUGUAUUAAUCUAUCAACCGUGGUAUAUAGGCUAUAGAUUAAACUAACAAGAUCUAUUGAGGUGGGAUUUUUUAUAAGAUGAUUGUGGAAAUUAUAUAUAUAUAUAUUAGAGAUAUUUCGAAGUCUAUACUUAUCGUUCAUUUUUCUAGAAACCUAUAAUUUGAAUUCAAUCCGAACGUCGGUAUACAACGGAAAUUGUUCAAUCGAGUGCGUAUUUUGAUAAAGUUCAUUCGAGCGUUAUCUUAGCUCCUCGGCGUGUUCAAGCAGACGAUAGCACGUCGGGGUUUAAAUAAGUAGGGUCGUAGACAAAUUUUACAAGAAAUUUCCAAAGAAUUAUGAGCAAUUCGAUAGCAUUAUAUAAUUGAAAGUAUUGUAAUUGGAUUACCCGUUUGGGGAUUUUAAAGAUUUCAUUGAUAUAAUAUUGAGAACGCACAGCGUAUUGGUGCAGUAUACUAUUUCAGAUCCCAGAGCUGUUUAAAUAGAUUAUCACGGAUGGGCAACGAAAUGCAAUACACUAUAUAUUUUCUGGUUUGUAACAGAAAUCAAUAUUGUUUAUUGAUGACAGUAACGAACAUUAUUUACAUAGACAUAGGCGUGUAUUAGUUACGACUCUAAAUUCAGUAUUCCCGUAGUGUGCGUACCAACCAAGUUAGGGUUGGGCCAUAAUUUUAUUCCAAUUUUCCUUAGUUUAGUUUUAUUACGAGUGCGGGGAUUGUCUGUGUUAGCCAAGUGAAUAUACCCCCCUGCUCAUAGGUUUCAGUCUCUUUACACAACUUGAUGUAAAGUAGGCGAACAAAAUUAUUUACCACCAUAUUGGUACACACACUUCUGGAGCGCUCUAAAUUCAAUAAUUUGGUCGAAUUGAAUGUAGUUGCUUAUGAAGAAUUUUUUAAUUUGGAGAAUUAGCGAGGAUAACUUUUAAUCGUAAUUAAUCGUUGAAAUACGCUGCCCUGAUUUACCCUUUUUACUAAAAUUAGAUUUUAUAAUUUAUGUUAUGGUCUGUCUUCGUGUAAACCUGCUUACAAAGUUAGGUGUACUCGUAUUAUUUCAAGUCGCAGCUUUAAUUAUCUACAAUUCGCAAGACAUCGAUCCCGAGCCAAGCGUACACCUUGCCGGUGAUACCGUAGAUUAUAGUGCGGAAUAUCGAAUUAUACAGUUCUACAAACACCAGGGAAUACCCCAAGAUUACACCUACCAUGAUGUCUCUAUUGCCACACAAUGUUCGGUCAACCAUUUGCACCAUUUGGUGGAGUUAGCAGAGCGAUGGAAGGGACCAAUAUCCUGCACAGUGUUUGCCCCGAAUUUGGAUGCAAGUUAUGCCGAUGAUGCAAUAGAUAUAUUGAGAAAAUGCUUCUCGGAUAUCCGUAAAUACGUGGAUUUUCACCUUGUGUACCCGGCACAGCAUCCCGCUGAUGUGAGCAAAGUUGGUGUCUGGCAAGAUCUAUCGUGUUCUGCACUUCUGGACAAAUUACAAAACUAUGGUUAUCAGAACUAUGUCGUUGGAAAUAUCCCAUUCCCUCAUAAUAUACUGAGAAAUGUUGCAAGGAAGGGAGUUAUAACUGAAUUUGUACUACUUAUUGAUAUCGACACAAUGCCAAACCUUGAGUUACGUCAGGAGUUUAACAAUUUUGCGUAUCGUCAUUCCUUAUUUGGACUUUUAACGGAGCAAACUGUUUUUGUUGUCGCUGCUUUCGAAAUAAAGAAAGGUAUCAAAAUGCCAUCGAACAAAACUGAACUCUUAUCUGGGAUUCGUACUGGUACCGUACGAACCUUUCACAAUGAGACUUGCUGGUGGUGCCACAGAAGCGAAAAUUUUGAUCUUUGGCGAAAAAUUCCACAGGUUUCGAAUCUUGAAGUCGCUUUUUAUGCUGAUUGGGACAAAAGUUGGGAACCUUUCUACAUAUCACAUCGUAAUGUUCCUCUUUUUGAUGAGAGAUUUAAACAAUAUGGAUUCGACAGAAUUCAACAGAUAUGCGAGCUACACAUAGCAGGAUAUAAAUUUGCAGUUCUCAAUAACGCAUUUGUUGUCCAUCACGGUUGGAAGUUCAGAGGCAACUUUUACGCAAAUAAAGACAAAGACAACGCUCAAAACUGGAUCCUGUUCAAUUAUCAUUUUAAGGAUGAUCUACAAAAGAAAUACAACACAAACAGAACGUGUUCACCUGUUGAACUUUGGAUUCCUCCAGGAAAAAGGAGAUCAGCACCGCAACCAAUAUCUCAUGGACGCGGCGUUGUUGCAAGCCGUUUCAAGCCCAACAUUUUGAAGGAAGGAGCAAGAUAAAAAGUGGAAGUAACUGUGAACAACUGUAACUGAAAAAAUUAUGAAGAUCUUAUGAGGAAAUGAAACACAUGUUUGCUAUGAUGGUAAUAGUUGGUCGUGGCAGUUCCUCAACUGAAUUUUGAUUUUGUCUAUAAGAAAAUCACUUUAGAUUGCCUGAUAUCAGUUAUAUAUAUAACUUAUGUAAUGGAAUUAUUUAAACAAGUAAUACACAUCAAAUAGAUCAUAUAGCACGUGCGCUAAUAAGAUUUUGUUAUUUAAAAAUUAUUAUUUCUUUUUUCUUCAAUAAAUUAUUUCUCAUUUCCGUUUACAUCGCGAAUAUAUAUCAACGAUGCCAAAGGUAUCACCGAAGUGCAAGAUUCUGAUUUGGCCUCUUGACCAUUUGAAUCGAAUCUCAGAUGGAUUGAUGCCAGAACAAUAAUUGCUAAAUCAGACAAGUUAAUUUAGUGGAACGACGUCUUUUUAGGAAGGGAGGACUGCCAGCUCAGACGAACAAGUGUUGAUAUAUAUAUAUAUGAUUUAUAAAAUGAGCUAAGAUAUAUUUGGUCGAUGAGAUUUUCAAAAAUCCUUUGAACCAUGAUUAUUUAACGUUCGUGGCGUGAAAUUGGCCAAUGAAAGUUGGAUCUCCUCAUCGUGCUCAACAAUGUGUCUUUGCUUGGGGUGUCUCUAACAUUUUACCGAACAAUAUAUCUAUGCUAUAUCAGAACGUAGCAUGAAUUC